AUGUCUAGCACAUCACAAAAACACAGAAAUUUCGUGGCCGAACCGAUGGGAGAAAAACCAGUAACGGAUUUGGCGGGCGUUGGUGAAGUCUUGGGUAAAAGGCUUGAAGUAGCAGGAUUCGACAAAGCUUACACAGUGUUGGGUCAAUUUUUGGUGUUGAAAAAAGAAAAAGAACUGUUUCAAGAAUGGUUAAAGGACACAUGCAAUGCAAAUUCUAAACAGUCAUCGGAUUGUUACCAAUGUUUAAAAGAUUGGUGUGAUGAAUUUUUGUAA